AUGACUGCUGUCCAGCAAAAAAUGUUAAACUUGAUCAAGUGUUUCAGAAGACAAUGGCAUUUAUUUUCAAACUCUGAAAGGACUACUGUAUGUGGAGCAGACUGCAUGAUCAUGGCAUUACAACUGUCAAUGGCUGAAGUCAAUAAGCAGCACCAUGGAGAUUUCACAGUAUCACUUAGUGAUUUGUUGGAAACUUGGAAAUACUUUUUAUAUGACAAACUGGGAUUAUCAUAUGAAAACAUGAAAGAACCUGAAAAUUAUGCUGAUACGAAAAAAGCCUAUCAUGCCCUCUUAGCAAGAAGCAGUAUGCUAGAUCUAAUAGAUAUAUAUCAGAAGUGCUAUGGUCUUGGACUUGUAUCUGAAGAUGAAAGCAUAGCUCCUGUACGAUUGUUGGAAUUUAUUUCUGGAAUAGUGAAUGGACAAGAAAACAGUGAUUCUGUUCUUUCUACUCCUUCCACACCAGUCAACAGACAUGGCCAUGAGAAUGCAAAGGUGACAAUCCUGGCAAAGAAGUGUGUUUGUUCAUAUUUAAGCCUGUUGGUGAAUUCUAAGGAUGAUCUGGCAUUGGCUCAUAUUCUGAAUGUUCCUGACAGAGGACUUGAUAGAGAAGCCUUCACUAACCUAAAACAUGCCUCACAGGAGAGGAAAAUGUCCAUUUUCCUGAUGGCAAUAUCCUUUAUCCGAACUGUAGAACUUGGAGGAAGAGGCUGUGCAUCUUCAUUAUUUGAUCCUUUAAGAGCUCAUGUAAAGGGAUUUUCAAACUUCGUUAAUUUUAUUGAUAACCUGCAGGAAAUUCUUGGGGAAAUCUUAAAUCCAAGGUAA